AUGGACGACGGGACCCUGAGCUUCAUCGUGGACGGACAGUACAUGGGCGUGGCCUUUCGGGGGCUGAAAGGGAAAAAACUGCACCCCGUGGUGAGCGCCGUGUGGGGCCACUGUGAAAUCCAGAUGCGAUACUUGAACGGCCUCGACCCCGAACCUUUACCGCUGAUGGACCUUUGCCGGCGUUCGGUGCGCCUCGCUUUGGGCAAGAACCGGCUGUGUGAGAUCGCGACGCUACCUUUGCCCAAAUCUCUCAAAAAUUACCUUCUUUACCAAUGA